AAAGAUCAUACUCUUCAUUUGCAGGGCAUCAUUGAGUCAAAUUUUAUAUCUCGAGAGCUUAAAAUUUAUAUCCGCAACAUUUGUCUCUGCCAUGUUCAAUCUUGCUCCAGCCAUGACUUUUGUCUUGGCCAUCUGUUUUAGAAUGGAGAAUCUAGGGCUUAAGACCAUGCAUGGAAAAGCAAAAGUGUUGGGAACAUUAGUGGGAAUUGGGGGUGCAAUGGUGCUCGCAUUCUAUAAGGGAAUACAAGUUAAGAUCUUCUCAACACAUGUUCACCUUCUACACCACCAUCAAGAUCAAGCCAUCGGACACCAUUCAUCUUUACUUGGCCCAAUAUUGUCUAUUGCUGCUUGCAUCACCUAUUCCCUUUGGUUGAUCAUCCAAGCGAAAAUGAUUGAGACAUACCCAUGUCCUUAUACAAGCACAGCAUUGAUGUCUGCAAUAGGAGCAAUCCAAUCUACUGUUUACGUACUGUGCACAGAAAAGGAUUGGAGCCAAUGGAAGUUAGGAUGGAGCAUCAAACUUCUCACCGUAGCUUACACGAGAGGCCCUCUCUAUGUUUCGACCUUUAGCCCAUUAAUGCUGAUAAUGGUAGCUAUUGCAGGAUCCUUGUUCCUGGAGGAGAAGCUUUACUUGGGAAGGCAAGGAGAUGAGGAAGUUGAAGAAGAAGACACUGUUGAUGUCGGCUGUUAACCCUCUUGAAA